AUGUAUCAGACUACCUUUAUUCUAGACAAAAAGAGAACGCGCAAGGCAAUGAUGGUGGGGUCAACUAGCAAGUCAAUGUCGUGGAUGGCAAUGCUGUUUCUUGUAACCAUCAUUUGUGGCACAACAGCAACCAUUGUCAAUGCAGAAAAACUUGAGCAAAGGAACGAGUACAUAUUGGAGUUUAAUAGCAUUGAUGAAACUACAGCAUUUACCCAGCAACACACAAACAACGUUCAUGUGCGUUAUACCUACGACAGUGAGCUACUCGCAGGCGCUGCUGUCGAAUUCAAAGAUGAUACAAUUGCAGAGAAACUACUCAAGCAUCCCAACAUUAAAAGAUCUUGGCCCAUUCAUCACCGUGCUCAUUUGCAUGCCCCUGUGCCAGAUUUCCAAAACAGUGAUAGCGACAGUAAUGAGGCUCAAGUCAGCGAAAACGAUACCACUGUUACAACAUUUGCACCACAGAGAGCGAGUACUAUUCCUCUAUUGACUCAAGCCUACACCAAAUUCCAAGAUUUGAAAUCCAAUGGCUCCGGUGUUAAGAUUGGCAUUAUUGAUACAGGCGUUGACUACACUCAUCCUGCACUGGGUGGAUGCUUUGGAAAAGGCUGCAAAUUUGCUUAUGGGUAUGAUUUGGUGGGAAAUAAUUACAAUGGCAGCACAAGCUCCAUCGAGGAAAGCGAUGACCCCAUCGACAACUGUCCAGUCAACUCAACUUCAGCAACUGGGCAUGGUACAUUUGUCUCUGGUAUCAUUGGCGCUCAAGAUCUCGUUUAUAAUUGGACAGGCGUAGCCCCAGGCGCAACUUUGGGCAUGUGGAAAGUCUAUGGCUGCAAUUAUGCAGGUUCACCCAACGAUGUUAUAUUAAAGGCAAUGGAAAUGGCCUACAAGGCUGGCAUGGAUGUGAUCAGCAUUUCUCUUGGUAUUAGCGGAGGUUGGCAGGAAGAUGUGCUAUCAGUGAUGGCAGAUAGAUUAGUGUCCAAAGGAGUCCAUGUGAUUACCGCAAGUGGCAAUAGCGGCACAAGCGGUAUCUUUCUAACUGCUUCACCUGCCAGUGGCAAAAAUGUCAUUGCUGUUGGUUCCACCAUGAACACACAUGUACCUGGAUACAUCUUGAAAUUGAUCCCACCCAACAAAACAAAGGGCUCUAUCGACAUCACUUACCGUACAUUUGUCAGCAAGGCACUCACAUUGAACGCUACACUCCCCAUCGUUCCAACAGGCAAGGAAUUCAAUCAAGAGAACGACGCUUGCAAAGAUCUCGGUGAUUCAGACAAGUACAAGAACACUAUUGUCUUGAUCCAUCAAGGCGGUAAUUGCGAUACUCUGACCAAAGUGAAACAUGCUCGUUCUGUCGGUGCCAAAGCAGUCGUCUUGUACACAGAUAUCAGAAACGCAACUACUUCAUUCGAGACUCUUUCCAGUGCUGUAUUGCCUAUUGCGUUCAUCAAUAACGACGAUGGAGAGAUCAUUUACAAAGAAGCACAUCGUAUCAACAACAAGAAGCAAGCCAUCAAGGCACAAUUUACCAACACGCUUGUAGCCAUGGAAGCACCAGAAGGCGAAGCAGAGAGUAUAUCCAGUUUUUCUACACUUGGUCCUACCAACAAACUGCAACUAAAACCUGAAUUAGUUGCAGUAGGAGGUAACGUAUUCUCUACUGUGCCUAGAUACCAGGGCUCCUAUCGAUUCGCAUCAGGAACAUCCUUCAGUGCCCCUUAUGUAUCUGCCAAUGUAGCGCUCUUCUUAUCCAACUGUAACCAGAGCAAGCAGAGCCCAGAUCUGGUAAAGAGCGUCUUGAUGAAUUUCGCUAGUCCAGUAAAAGGGCCCAUCUCCGCUUCACCUUAUGGUGAUUCCCCUAUUCGGCAAGGUGCUGGGGUGGUUGAUGUCGCACAGGCCAUACACGGUUUUGAGCAGUUCCACGUAUCACCUGCCAAACUCAGUUUAAACGACACGGCACACUCUCACUUAUUGGAGCAUCAAGAAAUCACAAUUUACAACCAUGAUGCAACAACGCUCACAUUUAAUAUAUCGCACCAACCAUCCUUGACCGCUACAGGUUACGCUCUCAAUCAAAAGCAUCCUUCUUAUACGCCAGUUGAACCGGUUGGACUCUAUGCAGACAAUCAAUCGUCAGUGGCGACGUUGCAUUUCGAUAAAACUUCAUUGGUAAUACCUGCCGGAGAAGCAGCCAAGGUCCGUGUCCAUAUCAAACCUCCGAGCAAGACAUUCAGCUUGCAAGAUCAUGUCUUGUACGGCGGAUACAUUAUGAUCUCUACUACUACUACUGACGCAAAGGCGUCUGUGCCUUAUUUUGGCAUGAUUGGUAACAUGAAAGACCUUCCCAUCUUGGACAGAUCCAACAAGCCAUCACCAGCAGCGCCCUAUCAGUUUCCUGCUAUUGGACUUACCAACGGCAACUCUACUGUAAAGGACGGUUCCGUGGGCCACUUCAACAUAACAUACUAUCCAGAUCUGAAAUUGGCCACUGGCGGACCCUAUAUUCUCGCCAGAUUACUUACAGGUACAGCAUUACUUCAGGUCCAGAUCAUGGACAAAGAAAACCGGCAUGUAGGAGACGUGCCCAUGACAGAAUCUCGCCGCUACAUGAUGCGCAAUACGCUUGGUAUCACUGAAUAUUCUACCUCGUUCUAUUCGUGGUAUUGGUCAGGGGAAUACACGCCCAAAAAUAGCAGCUCCUCCUCAGCCAAGCCCAAACUGCUGCCAUCUGGCGAAUAUCGACUUAGGAUCAGAGCCCUCAAGGUGUUUGGCAGCGCUGAAAAUGACCAUGAUUUCGACACCUGGACAUCUGCUAGAUUAAAAUUAGAAAUCAAUACAAAAUAA